UUUGUAUAUCACUUGUUUUAAUUCAUAUAUCUUGAAAGUGGAAUAAGAAGAAACAAAAAAAAGAAGUUAAGCUUUGAUUCUUCUAUUCUUCCCAACUUUGUGACAAUUCCAAUUUUGUCAAAGUUCUUUUUGUUCAUUUCUCUCAUAAAUAUAACAAACUCUAAAAAAAUCUCUUUAACUUUUAGCCUCUUUUUUUUUCCUUUGAGAUAAUGAAGCAAGUUCUAUUACUUUCUCUUUUGCUUUUAUCUACUUUGGUCUAUGAAGCACAAGCAAGGAAUAUUCCCAUGUUAAAGGAAAAUGGAGAUUUUGGAGAAGUCAAUAUUAUUUGCAAAGAUAACCAUUGUUCAUCAUCAGGAAGAAAUAGGAAACUUAUGACAAAAACAACCUCUACUUCUAGUCCAAUUACCACAACUACUUCAACAAAGAAUAUCAAGAAUGAAGGAAAUAUUAAAGCUCAUGACACCACCAUUUUGAAAGGUCAAUCAAGUAGUGAAAAUUUCUCAAUCAAUUCAUCACCGGAAACCGGUCACCGGAAAACAUCCUCCGAUCGCCACCCCGACGUGCUAGACUUGGCCGGAAUGGAUUAUUCUCCGGCGAAGAGAAAACCUCCAAUUCACAACUAAGAGAAAAUAUUGGAAAAAUAUUUGUAGUAUAAAAGAAAAAAAAAUUGUAGUUGAAAAAAAUAUUUGUAGCACUUAAACUAGAAAAGAACCCUUUAAUUAGGAUUAAAAAAAUUACUAUAUAAGAGUAGUGGAGACAUCAUUAAGAAAUGAUGCCCUUGUUUUAGGGUUAGGAAAAUUUUGUACAUAAAAUAUUGUCAUAUAUAUAUCAAUUAUUAAUAUUACUUACUUAUA